AUGGCGACCACCACCACUCUCCUUUCUUUCCGACCAACUGGGAUCCGAGCAUCAGCUUCAUCCGGUCACAGAAAAAAUGGAAACAAUAGUAUGAAAGCCUCUUCCGCCAACUGGUGGACUCCUCUGUUCGGCUGGGGCUCCGAACCUGGCUACAUUGAUGGCAAAAAUAACAGCAGCAACAACAACGGCAAAAACAGCGAUCUUCCUGGAGAAUCUGAAUCCAAGACCGAGAGAACAGAGGCGCGCUCUAGAUCGCGAUUCACUCCAGGUUGCUUCACGGAGGAAAAGGCGAGACAGCUUCGACUGAUGACCAUGGAGACCGAAACCUUCCACGAUAACAUGUACCACUCCGCGAUCGCAUCUCGACUCGCUUCAGACUUUCCGAAUCGCUCCGAUCGGUAG